AACAAACAAAAAUGAUGAGAGGCUUUAUAUGUUAUUUAUAUGUUAGAGUACUGACCCAGGGGUAGCUGAAUUCCGAGGCAGAAGCCAUUGAAGCACAUAUUGAGCUUUGAGCAUCUGCACAGCCUUUAGUUAUUUGUUGGUCAUACAAACACAACCACAAGAUAGAUACCCCUUAAUCUGUCAUAUGUGAGACACUGCUGCACUUGCUUCUUCUAGUUAUCAAUUAGCAUUAUCUUUUUCCAGCAUUUGAGCUCUCGAUAGGGGUUCACUCAAGCAAUAAAGUGGUAUAAUACCAACUUGUAGUGUAGCACAAGAGACUGGCAGAGGGAUACUCAGACUCAUGAUGAAACUCUUCGAUUCUCAUUGUCACCUCCAAGAUCCAAGGAUCAUUAAUGUGGUCCCAAAAAUUAUUAAGACCACAGUUGAAACGGGAGUUGUCCAUUUUGCUGUCAAUGGUGUGUCGGAAAAAGAUUGGCAUUUGGUAAAGGAAAUGAGUGAUCACUACCCUUGUAUUGUUCCAAACUUUGGGAUCCAUCCCUGGUUUAUUACUGAGAGGACUCCUAAUUGGCUGAAAACUUUGAAAGGAUUCUUGGAGGCUACUCCUGCUGCUGCAGUUGGAGAGAUUGGUUUAGAUAAAGGUUCGUUUGGAAGGAAGAUUGAUUUUGCUGAUCAGGUGGAUGUCUUUGGACAGCAGCUUCAGCUUGCCAAAGAGUUGAAAAGACCAGCAUCCAUACACUGUGUUCGUGCUUUCGGGGAUCUUCUUGAAUUAUUGAAAUCUGUUGGGCCAUUUCCUGCCGGCUUUAUUCUGCACUCUUACCUUGGUUCUGCCGAAAUGGUUCCUGAAUUUGCAAAGCUUGGUGGUUACUUCUCAUUUUCUGGGUUUCUUAUGUCCAUGAAAGAAAGCAAAGCGAAGAAAAUGUUGAAGUCAAUUCCUACGGACAGAAUCUUGUUGGAGACAGAUGCACCAGAUGCUUUGCCAAAGUUGAGCGAUCCAGAUUCUCUGUAUUUGAUCGAGAGAGAAGCUUCAGUAGCUGAUGGAACUUCAAGUGGAGGAGGAAACAACAACGGAAAUCUGUCCGAGAACCCAUCGCAGGAGGACAAAGGCAAUGAACAACAGGCACGAGAAAUCCCUAACCAUCCUGCGAACAUUCAUCAUGUACUCUCCUAUGUCGCAUCAUUACUCGAGCUGACAAAAGAAGAACUUGCUGAGAUAAGCUUUGCAAAUGCAUCGCGGCUAUUUUCUUAUGAAGGUUCAAAGGUAGUGCAACAGGUAUGAAGUGGAAACUGGAAGUUUGUGACAUUAAGCAGGACAACCUAGAGCAUUCUUAGACUUGUCAUAGUUUUGUUAGGCUAAUAUAUCUGUGGUAUAUCUCAGUUGUGUUGAACCAUUGUAUCAAAGUUUGUGGUUGCAAUAGUACAUGGAAAUCUGUGGUAUAUCUUAAGAUUGCUUAUUUUCUCUUUAAA